CGAGGCCCCCCUGUGUUGUCUUUGUGUGAACUGAUCCACCUACAGACGCCGCUCCAUCCACCUCACCCUCCUUUUGUUGUCUCACCCUCUUUUUGCCCUCUCUCCCCUCCCUCCUGCGUCCCUGUGUGUUGCUUUCCUGGGGUUCAGUGUAGCUUGCGCAGGUUUGACCGUCACUGUCACCGUACUGAAGAUGGGGAGGCAGUGACCUGAUGCUCCGUUUACCUACAAGUCUCUCUACGCUGCCCUGAUUUGUUAUUUAUGCUCUUGCUGGAACUGGAUUGACCCAUUUGGGCUGCGUGGAUACCAGAGGAAGCGGUCGGGGGGAGGGUGAAGCCGAGCGGCUGCUGAAGUCUGAAGUGGCCUCGUCAAGGCUUGGACCCCGGCGUGUUUAUUGUCACUGAGGACGCACUUCAGCUGGCAGCGGCAGCGGCGUCUGCUGAUGAGAUCUGCUGGUUGUUUCCCUCUGGAAACCUCAAAUAAAUCACCGGAAGAACCUUUUUUUUUUGAUUGACUUGUGCGGCCGAUUGUUCUUCUCCUGUGGAUUAUCUCCUUUAUUUAUUCCGAGAGGACAAAACAUUGGAUUUCUGUCGACUCGAGGUAACAAAGCCAGGACGAUUUUUAUUCUGUGUAAUCAAGCAUCACUGUUUUGAACCUGGUUGUGACAGGAGACACUCGCAGCAGCAUCAGUGGCCUUGAACCCAAGUAUCAGGUUUUAUCUGUCUCGUCCACGUAGGUAAGGCUACACCAAACCAGGAGAGUGGGAUUGAAAUACACUGCAGCUCAGCAGUCGGCCUCCUGGGUUCGAAGCACAGAAGACGGCAGAGGAACCAUCUUCUUACACUAAAAAUCCAGCCUGGCUGAGAUCCAUUUUUCCCCCACAAGGCCUGGAAAGUGAAUGUCUGAUUGAUCCCUGCUCCUGCGGGCUGUCACAGGUGGCUGCACAGCUAUUGGCUACUCAAUAAUGCAUUGACUCAAACUCAGCAGUGGAAAGAAAAAAGGGGAAAAGUGUGCGAGACUCUGAUCCUUUUUGAAAAGGUGGACGACUUUCGAGAGAAAGCCGGCGAUUACAUCUGGAUAACCCAGAGAAUUGAGCAGAUGUUGAAGAGAAAAAGGAAAAGAGAAGGAAAUGGCUGCUGACAAAGUGAGAGCGUGGCGAGGACCUUAAGAGACGAGGACAAGCCAGACAAUAGACAGACGAGUCAAUCCAAGAAGUGGACUUGGAAGAACAAACGGACAAGAAGAAAAUCUCACCACCAACAGAACAGAUAAGAUAUUGGUGAUUGCUCAGGAGAAGCUGUGAGACAACAAGGAGGUUGUUGUCGUCAUGGUGAACACUGGCAUGCAGCUGAUCAGCUUCACCUGCGCGGUGACCGGCUGGAUCAUGGCCAUCGCCGUCACGGCCUUGCCCCAGUGGAAGGUCUCGGCCUUCAUCGGCAGCAACAUCCUGACCUCGGAGAUCAAAUGGGAGGGCAUCUGGAUGAACUGCAUCUACCAGACCACUGGUCACAUGCAGUGCAAGACGUACGACUCCAUGCUGGCACUGCCGCCGGACAUCCAGGCGGCCCGCGCCCUCAUGUGCCUGGCCGUCUUCAUGGGCUGGCUCUCCUGCACCGUGUCCUGCUGCGGCAUGAAGUGCACCACCUGCGCCGGGGACGACCGACGGGCCAAGGCCGGCAUUGCGCUCUCGGGCGGGGUUCUCUUCAUUCUCACGGGCCUGUGCGUUUUGAUUCCCAUCUCCUGGACCGCCAACACCGUCAUCCAGGAUUUCUACAACCCCAACGUGCCCCUGAUGCACAAGAGGGAGCUGGGUCAGGCCAUCUACCUGGGCUGGGCGUCCGCUGUCAUCCUCAUGAUCAGUGGAGCCGUGUUGAGCAGCACCUGCCCCCUCAUGGAGAGGAGUGGCAGAUACCGCAGAGGGUACAUCGGCCGGAGCUUUGCUAAUUCACCCGCUUCGGCACCAGAUCCCCCAAAACCCAUCACAUCCAACAGUCUACCACUGAAGGAGUAUGUAUAGGAAGAGAGAGGGGGAAGAUGACGCUGGUAAAAAACUGUAUCUCUGGUUCUUUCCCAAACUUCCUGUCCCAGGUUCGAAGUCCGUGACUUUUAAGCUACAAAUCGAGAUCUAUAUAUUUAUCAUAUAUUCAAUUUAUAUUUUGUUUAGUUUGUUUAUCUCUUUCUAUGGUUAAACCUGUCUUCAGUAUUUAAACACAUUCCUGUUUGUGUGAAGUUUGACUUUUACUGCACUGUGAUCUAUAGUAGUGCCUGAAAAGAGCCCGAUGCCUUGAAUGUCGAAUCAACAGCAUUUCACAAAACAAGUAUGAAUGUGAAGAUGGCUUUAAUGAUGGCUGUGUUGUGAAGAAUGCAGUGAUUUCGUAUAUUUAUUCUCUGACAAUGUCAUUACCUCCACAUCUGAGACCACACGUAAAGCCUUGACCAAGUUUGCAAACAUCAGAAAUGUGAAAUAAAACGAGUUUGGUAAAGUG